GUUGGAAGUCGUUUCUUAGCAUUUGACGAACGCAAAUCUCUUUUGAGAGAUGCAGAGAAUACUGCCGUAAAAGACCACUAUCCUGUUCGUAGCCGACACGUAGGCUCUAGUCCUACGAGACACUUAUUAAAUGCCACGUGUGUGCGCAGUCACGAGCUUCAGCCAACCUGGAAAGUUGUCCAACAUGAUAGGUCCCAUUCAGAGGUCGACACUUCUCCGCUAAAUUACCCAAUAAAAGUACGCCACGUUGCUGCUUUGUUCCUAUGACGUGGCAUUUCUCGUCUCAACCCACACCACGUCACCUCCCUCGGGGCUCCGGCUGCACUCAAUCAUUUCUUGUUGGUCAGCUCCUGUGAGCCUGUUCAUCCGCCCACGCGCCUCACCGCGAGUGUUCUUAAUCAUCCUGCCUUCGCAGUCACGCUCUCUCCAUACGUCGCUCUCCCUCUCUUAGAGCUGUCAUUUUCUUUAUAAAUUCAUCAUUUCCUUUAAUUUCCCGGCAAGACAGCCUGCGAGUAUAACAAAUUCAAGCUCUCUCUCUCUUUCCACUUCGAAACCCUAGCUGUUGCUCCAGAACCGCCACCAGCCGCCCCGGCCGCAAUUGCUGCCACCAUCUGGGGCAUGGAACUAUAGGGCAUCGAUUCCUAGUUCAAUCAUUGUCGACCUUUCGAUUCGAUUUUCGAUCGAGCCUUCGUUCUGUCAGGUCAGGUCCGCCCGAAUUUUGAUGGCGGACGAUUUGAACGGUAACAGGAGCGAGACCAGCGAGUACACGUCGGAGGACGAAGGAACCGAGGACUACAGGAAAGGCGGAUACCACGCGGUGCGAAUCGGGGAUACCUUUAAGAAUGGUUGUUAUGUUGUGCAGAGCAAGCUUGGGUGGGGGCACUUCUCCACGGUUUGGCUGGCAUGGGACACUCAGAAAUCCAGAUAUGUUGCUUUGAAAGUUCAAAAGAGUGCUCAGCAUUACACUGAAGCGGCGAUGGAUGAGAUCAAGAUCCUUAAACAGAUCUCUGAAGGGGACCCUGAUGACAAAAAAUGUGUUGUGAAGCUUCUGGAUCAUUUUAAGCACUCGGGACCAAAUGGGCAGCAUGUGUGUAUGGUUUUUGAAUACCUGGGCGAUAAUCUUUUAACCCUUAUUAAGUAUAGUGACUACCGUGGUGUUCCUCUCCACAUGGUCAAAGAAAUUUGUUUCCAUGUAUUAGUUGGCUUGGAUUACUUGCAUCGCCAGCUUUCAGUGAUACACACUGAUUUAAAGCCAGAGAAUAUCUUGCUUUUGUCAAUGAUAGACCCUUCCAAAGAUCCUGGGAAAUCUGGGUCUCCUCUCAUCCUUCCGUCUAGCAAGGAUAAAAUUGUGUCCGAAUCUGUCAUUUCAAAAGACAUCAAGGGUUUGAAUGGGGAUCUUACAAAAAAUCAGAAAAAAAAGAUUCGAAGAAAGGCUAAACGAGCAGCUCAAGGUUGCGUGGGUAAAGAGGCUUCUGAGGAAACUGAGUUGGAUACGAAAACAACUGAACCAGUAAAAUCCAAUAAUGAUUCAAAUUCAAAUGGGAAUUCCAUUGAUGAACAGCCUGACAGUUCAGAGAAAAAGGAAAACUCUGCAAACAGUGAUGGAACAAGGGAUGCUUGUCAACCGGAUCAGGGUCGCCGGAGAGGCAGCCGCUCAACAAGGCAGAAGCUGUUGGCUUCAGUUGACCUUAAGUGCAAAUUGGUUGACUUUGGGAAUGCUUGUUGGACGUACAAACAAUUCACAAGUGAUAUCCAGACAAGGCAGUAUAGGUGUCCAGAGGUUAUUCUUGGAUCUAAGUACUCAACUUCAGCAGAUCUAUGGUCUUUUGCUUGCAUUUGCUUUGAACUGGCCACUGGAGAUGUUCUCUUUGAUCCUCAUAGUGGUGAUCAUUAUGAUAGGGAUGAGGAUCACUUGGCACUGAUGAUGGAGCUCCUUGGAAUGAUGCCCCGCAAGAUAGCAUUGGGUGGCCGGUAUUCACGAGAUUUUUUCAACAGAUAUGGAGAUUUGAGGCACAUUCGCAGGUUGAGAUUCUGGCCGCUUAACAAGGUUCUCAUUGAGAAGUACGACUUCAGUGACCAAGAUGCAAAUGACAUUUCUGAUUUUCUCAUUCCCUUGCUUGAUUUUGUCCCUGAAAAAAGACCAACAGCAGCUCAAUGUCUUGGUCAUCCAUGGUUUAGUACGGGCCCUCGACAUCUUCAGCCUUCCCUGGCAGGCGACUUUCAACCCCAGGCCAAGGAUGAAGAUACACCUGAGAAGAAGAGGGAGAAGGAUGAGAGGGAAGCAAUGGAGGUUGGGGUAGGGAAUAUAGCAAUUGAUGUGGAUUCAAAACCAUUCAAAGAACCUCAAUCUAUGCCAAACCCACCAGAACAUAUUUGAGUUGCUUUUGAUUUUAUGUUUCUUUGUGCAACCCUUUCUUUACACCCACAGCCUUGCUGAAUUCUGAAUCACCUUUACCAAUGUGAAUAUUCUUUCCCCAUCCAUUUGAGAACCAACCACCUUUUUUGGGUAUUGGACACCGAAAGCAUUUAGCCAUUUGGGAUGUGAAAAAUCAAUGGCCAGGUGGUUGGUGCCUGCUACUUCUCAAGCAUGCUCUAAUUACUGGAGCUCCUCCAGCAUUUACACCCCAUGUUCAACGGAUCUGGAUUGGUAUUCCUGAUGAGAUCUCUGUGUUUUUUUUUUUUUUUUGGAGAAUUCAUGUAUCAAGCUUCUUUCUAGAUUAGAUGCCGAAUUCAUAUAUGGUUGAUUGGAUCAAAAUGUACAUUUGAUUUGAGAGUUCUUUACUUCUGCUAUUUUUCGUCUA